UAAACGUUUAUAAAACCUUUUGUAAAUAUAUAAAUGAAAACAUUAAAAAUAGAAAUGAUUUGAAAAGAUUUUUGAUGUAUUAAUUUUUUUUUAGGUCCGAGGAUGUACCCCGCCCCGCAGCCCGUCUCCGACGUAGUUCGGUGAGCAGUUCCCGUGCAUCGGGAUCGUCUCACGAACAAAACUCGGUUCCCGCAUAUAUUCCCGCUCCAGCUCCCGCUGCCCCUCCCGCUGCUGCUCAACAGGAUCCGGGGGUCAUGCCAGUUGAUCUAUUGGUUCAACAACCAGGUCGAGAGCAUCUCCCGGUUCUCCAUCCCAACCCACGACGAGGACAUAGCACUUGGUUCACCAAGUCGAAAAAUGGCAUUAGCAGGAGCAUCAACCAGAUGAUGUACUCCAUGCUUCGUUUUGGAUAUUCAAAGUGGAGUGUGAUUCCUUUCGAAGAACGAGAGUUGUGGUUUCGUCAGUUUGCGCAAGAGUUCAACUGGCACUCCGAUCUCACGGAAACAGUCCGUAAGAAAUUCAACGAAAAGGCCAUGGACUCUUAUACGAAGCAGAUAAACGUGUGGAAGACAGUUUGGCAGAAGAACAAGAGGCCACGGUUCAUCAACGGGACGGUGUGGGAGCAGUUGAUAGCUCAUUCGGAGAAGGAAGAAACUGCAGAGACGUCUUCUAGGAACUCCAAGAACCGGAAGAGCGAUCGUGGUGGGAAAGGUAUGUAUGUGCACAACUUCGGCGCUUGCUCUAUGUCUACUAAGGAAGAUGAACUUAUCGAAGAAAAUGACGGUAAUCCCGUUGAUCGUCUCCAACUCAUUAAGGUGGCUCACACUAACAAGAAGACGGGUCAACUUCAGGAUCUCGUGAUCAAAGGUGUCGUUGAUUUGGUGGAAGCUGAAAUAGCAACUCAAUCUCAGCCUCUCUCUGAUGACGGCGAUUCUACGGGAGCUUCAACCAACUUGUCCCUAUUGCAAAUAAAUGAGAUGGUUGAAAAGGUAAUUUUUUUUAUUAAUAUAUAUUUUUUAUAAUGUCGAUUACUAAUUUGUCCAUAUUUACUAACUUUAAAUAUUUUUGUAGGCAGUUUCUAAAAGGAAAGGAGCCCGUUUAGUUGGGUUGGCCCGCCGUGCUUCUUCGUAUCCGGCGUCUUCUUCGCAAGCUCCGUAUGCCGAUCCCAUGAUUCUCGAGGAGCUACAUGACAAAGAUGAACGGAUUGGGGCAUUGGAGGAGCAGAACACAACUAUCCUUUCUGAGAAUGCCACUAUCCGUUCGGAGAAUGCCACUAUCCUUGCUGAGCUGGCAUCCCAGAAGAAGUUCAACGCCGAGAUAAUGCAGAAGCUAGAUCGUUUGAUGUCUUCGAGUUCUUAGUUUUUUUCAGCUUUUUAAAACUGUCUGAAUGUUUUUUUUUUCGUUUUGCAUGAAUUUUAAAUUUUCUGAAUGUUUUUUUCUAUUUCGGUUUGUAUGAAUUUAAAUUCUAUAAUAUUAUUAAUUUUAAAUUUCAGAUUUUAUUUAUUUAUUAAUUAAUUUUUCAUAUAAAAAAUAUAUAUAAAAAUGCAAAAUUAAUUCGUAUUAAAAUUGAUAUAUUCCGACGAACUGAGGCCUCGGUAAAUACCGACGGACUAUGAUUCAACAUUCGUCGGUAAAUACUGACGGACUAUUAUUCGUCGGAAAUUCUUUACCGAGGCCUCAGUUCGUCGGUAUCUUCGGAGGAUCCGUCUCCGUCGGUAUAUAGUUUUUCCGAUGAACUCUGGUCUCGUGUGUCCGCAUCGGAAUAUUGUCGGAAGUUCGUCAGAAUGACAUUUCUCGGUAUUCGUCAGAAAGUCGUCGGAAGGUCUGACGAAAUUCCGACGAAUUCUUUUUUUCCGACGAAAUGAUACCGACGAACGCUUUCGUCAGAAAUUCGUCGGAAUAUGCCUUUUCCGACGAUUUCGGCCAUCAGAAUCCCCCUGUUUUCUUGUAGUGUUGGAUACAAUAGAAAGCAUGUGCAGUGCCUUCCUUUGGUCGGGAUCGCCAACACAAACCCACAAGGCUAACGUGAGUUGGGCAGAUGUGUGUUAUCCCAAGGAAGAAGGAGGGCUUGGAGUUAGGAGACUGUGUGAUACUUCUAAAGUCUACGCUUUGAGGCUUAUAUGGCGGCUCUUUACUCAAUCAACUUCCUUAUGGGUUUGUUGGAUUAAACACUAUCAGCUUCGACAAAACUCUUUUUGGGAUGUGAGGGAUGAUAGUCAGGGGUCUUGGAAGUGGAGGAAGUUAUUAAAGCUAAGGGAUUUAGCCGAUAAGUUUAUGAAAAUGGAGGUUCGAGAUGGAUCAAGUACAUCUUUCUGGUUUGACAACUGGACGGGCGCAGGGAGAUUGAUUGAUGUCACAGGGGCCAUAGGCACAAUGUAUCUGGGCCUUUCUCGACGAGCGCUGGUGUGUGAUGCGGUCUCCAGUGACGGCUGGAGUUUGAGAAACAAACAUAGCAGGAGAUUUCAGACGCUAUACAAUUAAAUACUCGCAAUGCCGGUCCCUGAUGCAGAUAGAGGAGAUGAUCUGGUUCUGUGGAAGCGUGGAGAGGAUGAGUUUCAAGACAGUUUCUCUACUGCAAGCACUUGGGAGCAGAUUAGACCCAAAAAGCCUAAGGUAGACUGGUAUAAGGUCGUAUGGUUCACUCAGAGCACACCUCGGUACGCUUUUAUCACUUGGCUAGCAGUACAGAACCGGCUUUCUACUGGAGACAGGAUGAGGAUUUGGGGUAUAAUGCAGGGGUGUAGACUUUGUGGAGAGAGGGAUGAGACAAGGGAUCAUCUCUUCUUUGUUUGUCCCUACUCUUUCACUGUUUGGGAAGGACUGGUGAGAGGAUUUUUUUGGCCGUAGGACUAAUCAUGACUGGUCUAUUACGCUUAAUGCGAUCAGACGUGCGAGGGUAAAUAGACUUGACUCCAUACUACUCAAGAUGAUCUUCCAAACAGCCAUGUACCACAUAUGGAGAGAAAGAAACUCAAGGCGGCAUCAGGGCAACUGGACGAGGACAAACAGUAUGCAUAAGGCCAUUGAUAGAUCGAUGAGGAAUAGAAUAGUGUCGCUGAAGUAUGGUCCGCAGCACACAUAUGCUGGAUUAUUACAGAGAUGGUUCGAGCUCACGGGAUAGGCAAAUGGUGGUCUUUUUCUAUAUGUUCUCCUAUUCUUUUCUUUCCAGUAUAUUCUUCAUAAUCUGAUUCUUUUGUAAAUGUAAUUAUUUCUCCUAGGUGAUCAAUAAAUUUAAAAUUUCAUCAAAAAAAAAGAAACUAAAUUUUAGUUUAGUUUUGACUGUAAAUAAAAAUUAAUAAGUAAAUACAUUACUUUUAAUAGUAUUUUAAUGAUAACAACAAUUUUAAAUUGAUUUAGUUUUCAAAAUUAGAUUUAAGAAGUAUUUUAAAAGAUGUUUUUAAAAAGAUAUAUUUAUAUCUAUUUUUAAUUUUAAAUUAAAAUUCUCAUCUAUUUAGCAAAAAAAUUAUGACUUAUUUCAUAUGUGAUUUGUUUUAAUUUAAACCACUAAGAAGUCACACCUUUAAAUGUUUUUACCGUGUAAUACAGUAAUUUACACCUCCUUUCAUAGAUAAAACAUUUGAUCUUUAUUCAUAUCGUAUAUUUAAGACUUUACCCUAUUGUUAUUAACUUCUGUGUAUUCUCUUGGGUUAAAAAAACAAUUUGGUUUAUUAUUUAAACAGCUACACUAAAUUGGUUUAAUUAAUAAUUAUAUACCAAAUUUUCUAUUAUGUAGGUUUAAAUUAAUUUAAUUUCCACAUAUGUUUUAAAUUUAGAAAUAAAACACAAAUUAUGUAAAUCAGGAUUGUUACAUAAUAAUGUUUUCAAAAUAAAUUUUGUUAUAAAAUAAAAAAUUUAUAAAUUUAUAGUAAUCAUAUUAUACACCACAUAAAUAUUAUUAUAAAAUUAGAUAAUAUAUAACACUAAGUUAUAUUAAUUUAUUAAUAUAUUAAAUUGAUAUAUUUUAUUGCCUAAUUUAAAAUAUUUUAAUAUUAAAGAAAAUCCGGCAUGGUCGUAUGGAUCAAGAUCUAGUGUAAUCUUAAAAAGAAAAAACUAAAAUAUCACGAAUGAGGCUUCAAAGUUUUUGUAAAAUUAAUGGUAUUGUGAAAAUAAAAAAUAUAUUUUUAUUAAAAUUAAAAAAAAAACAGAAAUAAUUAUGUUUUAAUAGUAUAUAUUUUUAUAAAUCAGUUAUAAAUCAACAUUUGGUUUCUGCAAGAACGGUUCUUAAUGAAAACAAUAAUUGAAUGUGAGCAACUCCUUUACGCCACGAAAACAAAAUAACUUAAAGUGAAUUGAAGACAGCAAUGUACCUUGAUAUGAGUCGAACUAGCAUCUAACUGAGUCUACCUAACGAUAUAUCCCAAAGUUAUUCACCUUCAAAUAAUUCAAAUUUCGGAGAAAUGCCAAAAUUCUUAGCUGGACUUCACCUCCUAUAGUUUUAUAAAGACACCUACUGAAAUAUCUUAUAUUAUAAGUUAUUAGAAAAUAAAAUUGAGUGGAAUCAACUCCUUUACAGAUUGCACCAGCAAAACAAAAUAACUUAUUUUGUUGUGCAAAUAUUCAAACUUUAAAUUGAGGAGAUAGUUGUUUCAGACUCUAAUAAUUAGCAAUGUACCUCAAUAUGAAUCGAACUAGCGUCUUAUUCACUUUCCACUAACAUAAAGAUAUUUCCCAAAGUUCGUCACCUUUAAAUACUGAAAUUUGGGAACGAAAACUCUGAGCUGGACUAUACUUCCUAUAGUUCUAUUUUUUUUUUAACUCUGAAGAUUGCAUUAGUUUAGUCCAAAGACUACCAUCCAAAAGUAUGAGGAAUACAUAACAAAAGGAAUGAAAACCAAAUAAUGGUGGACUAAACACUAGUAACACUAACAGGAACAGGACACAAAGCUCACAACCUCCCCGGUGUACCUUCCAAACACAUUCCUCAUAUUCAUCUUCCCUGCUUAUCGUCUUCCAACAUAUCACACAACCAGCCUGGAACUCCCCGAGCUACGUACGACUGAUACCUCAUCUCCAUGGUUACACUGUACGCCAGGGCCGGCUCAAAAAAUAGUGAGGCCCUGUGCUAUUUUUUUUUCUUAAUUUAGUGAAUUUGAAGUUGAAAGUUUAAUCCAUGUAAAAACAAAAAAAAUUAGGACCCUAUUGAAAAAGAAAAUAUUGACUAAAACUGUAAUAACAAAAAAUUUAGCGUCCUAAAAAGUAAAGAAAUUUUGACUACAAAUGUGGGGCCCUGUGCUGUUGCACUCUCUGCACUCUCCUAAAGCCGGUACUGCUUUCCGCCACCUUCGCAGCACAUCUAUUCAAUCUGACUGCUGCACCGCUCAAGCUCCACUCAUUUAUUUUCUCCAGGGCUUUUUUCAACUCUAUUCUUUGGUAUCUGAAAGCCGGCCAAGCUUUUGGUCUCAGGACAACUCCAUCUAAAUCCAUAGCUUCCGUUUCAAAGAAAACUUGAUGUAAGUGGUGACUUGUCAUUGACUCGAUCGCCAACAUUAAUCCAAGAAACCUUCCAUCCGCCAGAGAGUUGACAUUUCCAAAGGCUCUCCUACUGUGUAUUAAGCAUUCACCGUGCUCAUUGCAAACGAUCCAUGAUGCUCCCAACAAACACUACAAGAAAACUCAAGCUUAACGAGGAAAAACAAACCUCGUAAGUUUACGUCAACUUGACGAGGAUUUACGUGAAUAAUGGUAUCAUCGUUAUUUCCUCGUAAAGUAACGACAAAAACCUUUCGUCGUAAAAUCGAUGUAAUGUGACGUGUCAUUUACGUGGAAAUAACGAUGAUAUUAUGUUUCACGUACGUUCCUCGUAAAGUGAACGUAAAAUUCGCGUGUUAUUUACGAGGAAACUAUUUACGUGGAUUUAGCGAGGAAAGUUUAAAUCCACCAACUUUGUAAGUGACACACGUUUUUUUUUGCACCUAAUUAAUUUUCGUCGUAAAUUCAUAGGAAAAUUACAACUACCAGAUUCAAAAUUUCCUAUAAAUAUGGAUGUUUGAGCAUCAUUUUAAACACACCAACAACAAAAAACGUAAAA